AUGACCUUUCCGAAAGAUCACAACUUGACUACCAUGCAGCGCGUUCUCCAAGAUCCGGAUCUUCUGUUGUUGAUUUUCGAUACGUUUCUUCACGAGGAAUCCAACCACAAGGGUGAGAGCCUAGCAAUCGCUGCUUGUGUCAAUCAUACUUGGUUCGCGGUUGCGACGUCCGUCCUCUGGGGUCAACCAUCUUAUCCCUUCCAUGAGGAUAUCACCCGUAUCUUGACUAGUAUCCCUCAGUCCAGACGUCAACACUACGCGUCCAGGAUGAGAAUUCUGAAGAUAAACGAACGACGUGCCGCCAGCAUGCAUACUUCCUUCAAAGGCGUCAACUUCCCGCUGGUGAAGAAUCUUGAGCUGGCUCUUACUUGCGAGAUACACGAUCAACAGGCAGGCUCGAUCGCAUUGUAUCUCCAGCCUGCUCUCGAGACGCUUACCGUGCAUGAUGAAGGAGACUAUCUCAACGAUGACUUCGUGGCUCACGUUACGAGAAACUGCCCACAUCUGAAAGCUGUGUUGUUUGCUUCGCCAGGGACUCAUUUGUCCGUACAGGUAUUAUCUGACCUGUUCGCUGCAUCCAAGAAUCUCGAAGAGGUCUCUCUGCGCUUCAAUGAUUUUGGCCGUCUCAUCUCGAUGAAUCCGCUUCUCCAACUCUCCAAGUUACAGAAACUCAGAAUCAUGCAGCUCAUCAGUCCCCCGGCUUCAUCAGUUAUAUUUAGCUUUGUCAACUUGUACAACUCGCAUCCGUUCCAAGCUCUGCGCAAUCUUACCUUGUAUGCGGAUACUAGUACAGUCAGUACCGCAGCACGUCUCUUUUCAAAUGUCCAGGAACUCUCAUUGAGCGUCCACGGAGCGGACUCUUCCUUCCUUAGAAACGUGGCUUCGAUGAAGAAUUUGACUACACUCGUGGUUCAAAUCACUGGAGAACUCCCUUUCGCGGUCGACGAUAUGCUCGCCCUGACAUCACUACAACACCUCGAAAGCCUCGUCUUUAGCAGCGAUAGCCACCUACACCCAACCAGCUUCACACCCUCCGAAUUCGACUACUUUUGCUCCAGCCUGCCCUCAAUCCACCAUCUCGACUUGGAAGCAUGUUUAGUGUCCUGCCCCAUGGAAUUCCUCGUCAGUCUCAGCUAUAACUGUCCAAAGCUCGACUACCUCAAUCUCUACAAUGCAGCUUGCAAUCUCGAAACCCUUGUCAAAGUCGACGGACCACUAUUUCCAAAUCUCAAGACCUUGAUCUUGAAUGCGGUACAGCCCGAAGUUGUGACUGAAGAACUGGCGAUUAUGAUUGGCGGAGCGAUACAUUGGCAUGCUGAUUCAUUGGAACAUCUGAAUCUGGGAGACUCGAGGUUUGCUAAUUUUGUUGAGGAGGUGUGGGAAGAUGCGCGAGGUUGA